UAUGAGAUGGCAAUAGAAUUCAACAAUCACAAUGAUAAAGCACACCAUAAUAGAGGCAUAUAUAAAAGCAUAAUAUUAUAUAGGAACUACAUUACUCAAACUUAAUAGAAUUGAAGAUGCUCUUUAAUCUUUUAACACUGCAAUUGAUCUAAACAAAAACAAUGACGAAGCUUUAGAAAACAAAGGUUGGAAAUUACUAAUUUUUAUUUAGCUCUUUCUCUACAUUUGUUAUAAAGGUUUAAUGAAGCCUUAAAAAUUUAUGAUUAAGCAAUAUUUUUGAAAAAAAAUUCAAAUAGAUUAAAACGCAAAGGUAUUAUUAUUUAAUUUUUAUAUAAAGCUGAUACAUUACUAGUUUUGGGAAGAAAAAAUGAAGCAAAAUAAUAUUAUUUUGAAGCAUUACGAAUAGGAAACCUCUCUUCUGAUUAGGAAUAAAUUCUGUAUUAAUUAGCAAGGUUAUGA